UGCUUGACGUUUAUCACGUGACCCAUUAUUUAUUCUAUCAGCCCCUGUGAUCAGCCCAAUCAGCCUGCACGCCUCUCCUCACUCUCAAACUAAAAGUUUCAGUGAUUUUUGGAAACUUCCAGGAAAAAUAAGAUGGCGAACGAGGCCAAGCCGUGCCCCUGUGAUAUUGGUGAUCGGUCUGAUUACGGAGGGCUGGGCCAGGAGGUCCAGAUUGAACAUGUCAAAGCAUAUAUAGUUAAACCCUCCGCUGCAUCGGACAAGGCUGUGAUUGUCUUCCAGGACAUUUUCGGAUGGGAGCUCCCCAACACCAGAUACAUGGCUGACAUGCUGGCUGCCAAUGGAUAUAUUGCCGUUUGUCCAGAUUUCUUUGUUGGGAAGGAAGCUUGGAGUCCAACCAAAGACUGGUCCACUUUUCAGGACUGGCUUAAAGAUAAAAAACCAACAGAAAUUAACAAAGAGGUUGAUGCUGUGCUGAAGUACCUGAAGGAGCAGUGUGGAGCCAAACGCAUCGGAACUGUGGGUUUUUGCUGGGGAGGAGUUGCAACACAUUAUGUGGCCUUGCAAUAUCCAGAAAUCAAAGCCGGAGUGUCCGUCUAUGGAAUAGUUCGUGAAAGGGAUGACAGGUAUGCGCUGAAGAGCCCGACUCUCUUCAUCUUUGCAGAAAGCGAUAAUGUCAUCCCUCUAGACCAAGUGAGCUCCCUGGAAGCUAAACUGAAGGAGAAAUGCACAGUGGACUACCAGGUGAAAAUAUUUCCUGGGCAGACUCAUGGUUUUGUCCACCGCAAGAGAGAGGACAUCAACCCUGCUGAUAAACCCCAGAUCGAGGAGGCGAGGAAGGAUAUGCUCAACUGGCUGAAUAAGUACAUCUGAAAAACAUGUAAACGAAGAAAAAUCUAUAUUUUACUUGAAAGCUAUAAU